ACGCAGCCUCGUUUUUGUUAGCGUUCCGGUUAGCUUGGUGCUAACAGCGGCGCGGAGGCCGACAGAGCGAAAAAAAUAUAAAAUAUAUUCAAAUAAACAGAACAGACCAAACAGUCCGAACCGAGCUCUGCCUACAGACAGUGUACGUUGAUAUAAUGCGGUCCGCGGACUGAACCGGGACCGGGAUCAGUCUGUAGUUCCUGUUAGCGUCUCUCUGUGAGAACAUGUACCCGGCCUGGAGCAGCUUCGGCGGCCCGCCCCGCGGAGCGCCCCCCGCCGGCGGCUUCGGGGGGUUCGGCGGGUUCGGAGCUCCGUCUGGGCCCGCGGCCCAGUCCAACUUCUCCAGCCUGCAUGAGCAGCACCUUCAACAGAUGCAGCAGCUGCAGCAGCUCCACCAGCGCCAGCUCCAGUCGGUGCUGCACCACCACGGCUCCGGCUCCGGCUCUGGUCCCUGGCAGGCGGGCGCUGCGGGGUUCUCCGCCGGGCCUGGGAGCCUGACGCCGGUCAGCAGCAGCAUCAGCGACCCGCCGCAGCUUCCACAACCCAAAGGUCCGCCUGAACCGCCCAAAACUCCCGCACAGGAACCCGCUCCGAAACCCAGCGAGCCUCCAGCGGAGGAACCAGCCGAGAAGACCGACUUCUCCUCCAUGACUCUGCAGGAGCAGCAGGAGUACUGGUACAAACAGCACCUUCAGAACUUACAGAAGUUAAAGAAUGAAAAGGCGAAGCAGAACCAGAGUGCAGUUGGGGGUCUAUCCAGAGGAACUGAACAGACCUCCCCAGCUCCUCCACCUCCUGCUGAACCCCCGAAGAGCGCACCUCCUCCACCACCUCCGAAAGAGGAGCCUCCCCCUCCCCCUCCACCUGAGGACACUAAGCCCAGCGGGGUGUCUGAAUCCGGAGACCCGGUAGAGGCGGCUCGUCUGCAGCAGUUACAGGCGGCAGCGGCUCAGUGGCAGCACGUUCAGCAGCAGAGAGCUGGGUACCAGUACCAGGCGCUGAUGCAGGAACAUGCUCAGCUCCAGCAGGUCCUGCAGCAGUACCAGCAAGUCAUUCAGCAGCCAGCACAUCUACAGACAAUGCCCAUAGACAUGCAGUUGCAGCACUAUGAAAUGCAACAGCAGCAGUUUUCUCCAGUGCUGCAAGAGUGGGGCAGACACUUUAAACUCUGGCUGGAGCAGUUUCAGGCGUAUCCUCACAAAGACCAGCUCCAGGACUAUGAAGGCCAGUGGAGACAGUGGCAGGAGCAAAUGAACUCAACUUCAGCACAUCUUCAUGAGAGAGUCACUACACUGAGAGCCAUGCAGCAACAGUAUGGUGCCGCUGACCCCUAUGGAAGUAUGAUGGGACCAUAUGGACAGACUAGGCCUCCUGGACCAGAGGCACACAUGCAAAUGACUGGCCAGAUAGGCCCCUCCAUGCCACCAAACAAUAUGGAUCCGUCGUCAGCUCCCCGUUUUCAAGGCCCGCAGAGCGUACCAGGCUCAGAUGCUCCUGAAUUGCGCCCACCUGCAGGACUAGAGGAUCCCUCUGAACCAUACAAACCUGCUGGUCCACCUGGUCCUCCGGCAAGACAGCCUGGUCCUCAUGGAAGAUUUGAAGGGCCUAGAGGUCCAAGGUUUGAAGGACCUAGGGGCCCAAGAUUUGAACCUCCACCACAGCAGCGCUUUUGUGGGCCUCCUAGAUUUGAUGCUGGUCAGAAUUUUGCGAGACCUCCCAGAGGUAAUCAGAUUCGACCAGGGGCUCCAGGAAGAUUUGAGAAUCCCCCAAGGCAGAGUCCACCCUCUCGUUUUGAGAGACCUCCUGGGCCACCUCCUGGACCACCCCAACAGCCUGUCUCAGUCUCCCAAGACAAGCCUGGUCCUUUAAAUCAAAACAAAUUUCAGCAAGAUAAACCUAAUGAAGCACAAGGUCCUCAAUCUCAGAGCGCAACCACUGGCCAGAAUGACAGCAAAACACCUCAAGAAAAAACACCCGCUUCUAAGUCCAUGUCAGAUGAUGUAAUGGAUUCCAGUGAUGGAUUUUUUGUUCAAAGUGAGCCUAUUCCUCAAACUCAGAGGGAUACAAGCAAGAAAGCUGACGAAGCUGCCACACAGACUGCUAAAAUGGAGGAAUUGGCAAAAGAGACCUCCAAAACACCUGUAUCAACAUCCUCAUCGGUUCUACCAAAACCACCUCUUAGCACUCCCAAUAAAACACCUCAAAACUCAAGUUCAGAUCCACUAAAACCUAAUAGUGCAAAUAACGGGCCCCAGCAACGACCAAAGCCCCCACAACAAGGGCCAUUUAAACCAGAUAUGCCCAUGGAGCCUCCUGGUGGCCCACAAGAGGUUAUGCAGACUGGUCCACCACGUGCAAUGCGGGGUAGGGGAAGGGGCCAGGCCCCUUUACCAAUGCGAGGAAGAGGUCGUGGACGUGGUCGUGGACAAUAUGGUGGACCAAUGGGUCUGUCUCCGACAUCUGACCCCAGUUUCGCAGAGGAAGGUCCCUAUGACCACCAGCCACCAGCUGAGGAGCAGGAGGACUAUGCUUGGCGAGAACGACCUCAAAUGACGGACGACCAGGGACCCCAUGAAAUGUGGCAACCGGAAGAGCAUCACUUCUCAGAAGAGUAUUAUGAAGAGUCCGAAGAACAUGGCCCACCUAGAGGUCCACGAAUGGAGCCCCCAGAGGGUCCAGAAGAACACUGGCAAGAAGAACAGUCAGAAUACUGGGGAGAAGGAGAUCCGUACUGGAAAGAGAGAAGGCCACAGAUGCACCAUAGACCCCCCUUUCCUCCUGAAGGACCUAGGCGCCCUCCUUUCCAUCCUCGCUUUAUGCCCCAUGGCCCACGUCGUCCUCCUCCACCAGGCGCUAUGGAACAUGACCCACAUGGUCCACCCCACAUGAAUAGAGAACCUAUGGGACCUCGAUUCAGACGUGGAGCCGGUCCCUGGGGACCACCACCACGCCAUGAGAUGAUGGGGCGAGACAUCCGGCGGCCACCUCCACCUCAUGAAAUAUUGGAUAGAGACCCGAUGGGCCAACCAGGUUACCAUGAUGAAAUGGACAGGGAACAUGAUUGGCCCCCUCAUCCUCAUGGCAGGGAACCCAGGCCUCCCCACCCUCCCUUGCCACUUCGUGAAAUGAUGGAGAGGGAGAUGAGAAGGCCACCCAUGCGACCCCCUCCAAUGCCAAGAGAGAGGUGGCGAAGACCCCCACCCCACCUUGAAGACUCUGGGGGAGCAUAUGAUGAAGAAUACAACAACGAAUAUGGUCAGGAAGAAGAUGGAUACAGAAGACCACCACCUGAUUACCGUCAACGGGAUUAUGAGGAAGGUGAGGAGUAUUACCACCCACGUGAGGACUGGGGAAGACCGCGCCCAGACCGUGACUUUCCUCCACAUCCACCACACGGGCCACCAGAGCGUCUAAGAGAAGAUCAGUGGAGGGAGGAGAGGGAGAGACCCUCACCAUAUGACGAUGAAGAUCAGAUAAGAGCAGAACGAAGAGGAUCUGGCUAUGCCAAUGGCCCUCCUUUUCGAGACAGAGAUAGGGAACCCCCUUUCCAUUCACGCCCUGAUUGGGAAAGACAGCCACUGCCUCCUCCUCCACCACCAGAGAGAACGUACCCUCAUCACAUUGAAGAACCACUUUAUGAAAGAAAUCCUGAGCUUCCAGCAGGACCAGCUCCUCCAGCCACAGUGCCCCCCAGCAGUGCUUCUGAUGCUCCACUUGAUCAGACAUCUCCAGGGGCAGCUAAAGCUGUGCUCGCUCUUUCUCAAAGGCAGCAUGAGAUCAUUCUCAAAGCAGCUCAGGAGCUGAAAAUGAUAAGAGAGCUACAAGAGAGUAAGAAAGUUUUUGGAGAUGCCUCUACACCUGAAUCUGCUGGACUGCCACCUGAGAUUCCUGCUGGUCUCCUUGGACUAGAAAUCCCUCCUGAGGUUAAAAGUGCUCUUCAGGCUACCAAUCUGCUGUCUGAAACUGGGCAGGCUGUUCCCGUUAGACCCUUGGAAGCCGGGUUGCCCUCAGCAACACCAGUUACAGAUUUUCUCCAUACAGCCUCAGCGCCAGCCCCUGCGCCCACGUUCAUUGCUAAAACAGUGGACUACGGUCAUGGUCACGAUGUAGGCACCAAAGUGGAGAGAAUCUCGUAUGGUGAAAGAAUAGUUUUGAGGCCUGAUCCACUGCCGUCUGAUCGCUAUGAGAAAGAACCUCUUGGCCGUCGAGACCCAUACUAUGACAGAAGAGCUGAUCCAUACAUGGACCAGCGGGAGUAUGGAAGGGAAUGGGAAAGAGACGUGCUCCGAGACAGGCCCCCUGCAGAUUAUGACCGUGAACGAUAUGAAAGAGAGCGCUACUCCCGAGAUGAGAGGCCUCCCCCAGGCCCUCCGCGGACAGGAUACAGGGACCGUGAGAGAGACCUGCGAGACCACCAGGGGCGUUCUAGCCGGGAUCGAGAGCUUUACAGCAGGCCGGGCUACGACAGGUCUUCCUAUGAGAGAAGUCUCGAGCGUUAUGACCAUGGUCCCUCAGGCUAUGGAAAUGACCGGCGGAGUUAUCCCGACGAACGGCCUCCUCCCUCAGCGUCCCUGCCGCCCCCUCCCCCUCCUGCCCCACGAGUGGAGAAGAAACCAGAGACCAAAAACGUAGAAGAUAUUCUGAAGCCACCUGGUCGAGUGAAUCGUCCUGACAGGAUUGUGGUGAUAAUGCGAGGCCUACCAGGAAGUGGAAAAAGCCACCUGGCCAAACUCAUUCGGGAUAAGGAGGUGGAGUGCGGUGGAGCUCCGCCGCGAGUGCUCGGCCUGGAUGACUAUUUCAUGACAGAAGUUGAAAAAGAGGAGCGAGAUCCUGAUACGGGGAAACGUGUGAAGACAAAGGUCCUUGAAUAUGAAUAUGAGCCGGAGAUGGAGGACACAUACAGAAACAGCAUGCUGAAAACCUUCAAGAAGACUCUGGAUGAUGGGUUCUUCCCCUUCAUCAUCAUUGAUGCCAUAAACGACAGAGUGAAAUACUUCGAUCAGUUCUGGAGCGCAGCUAAGACAAAGGGCUUCGAGGUCUACCUGGCCGAAAUCUCUGCUGACCAUCAGAUGUGUGCUAAGAGGAACAUCCAUGGAUGGAAGCUGAAGGACAUCACGAAGCUGGCGAAUGGCUGGGAGUGUGCUCCUGUGCACAUGGCUCGACUGGACAUCCGCUCUUUACUACAGGACGCUGCCAUCGAAGAGGUGGAGAUGGAGGAUUUCAACCCGGCUGAUGUGGAAACACAAGCUGAGGAGAAGAAGGAGGAAGAGGAGGAGUUAGAUCUGAACACAACGUCCAUUAUUUCCACAAACAAUCUGAAAGUUUGCCUCAUCAGACGACAAUACACGUUUCCACUGAGCAUCAGUCCAUUUCAGAUGAGCUUGAGCCCAGAGAAGUCGGCGGUGUUUCUGGACAAUGUUGAUAUUGACUUCACUGUGCAGGGUACAGCCUUGCCCUGCAUUUGUGGAUACAGCAGUGGACAAUGUUUAUUGACAACGGUUUGUUAUUCCCGAACCCAUGUGGUGAUAUCAGAAACAUGUCGGUCUAUACUGAGGUGCUCUCUGAGGGGUCAAAGGUCAGUUUUCAGCCUUUUCCUUUACGUUUUCUCCAGAUUCCCUGAAUCUUUAAUAUUGGACUGUAGAGGGUGAAAUUCGUAAAAUCCUUGCAAUCGUGCCUUAAGAAACAUCCUUAAACUGUUGGACUGUUUGCUUGUAAAGCACUGAGCUUUUCGUGAAUGCUCCUUAUACACCUAAUCAUGAGAGCAUCACCUGUCACCUUUUCACCUUUUUAACUGUGGAACAUUUCAAAACAGGUGUUUUUAAUCGUUCCACAAACUUCCCAGUCUUAUAUGCCCUGUUCCAACUUUUUUGGAUCGUGUUGCAGGCAUCAAAUUUGGAAUUAGUCUAUAUUUACAGAAACUGAUAAGAUAGUUGGUAAAAUAUAAAAAAUCGUCUUUGUGCUGUUAUGAUCACUGUUUUCAUUUGUGUCUUAGCUACAGUCCCAAAUUUUGUUUGGAUUGGGUUUGUAUGUGUGUGUAGUCAGUAUGUUUUUAAUAAUAAUUAUGAAACAAAUCAAAUCAUGUGGUUUUAUGAUAAACACAGAAACAGGUAAGAGCAGAAAACCACAAUGUCUUAUUACACUGUAAUAAUCAUUACCGCUAACUCCUUUAAAUCUGCACUGCUACACCUGUAUGAACAAAAAUCAGUUUUAUUAAAUAUACACUAAACAAACACUAAUCAUAAAAUUAUGAUAUUUAAUAGCAUAACGCUGCAUCAGUUGACUCUUUUGUUUUUUUAACAGGAAGUUAUGUUGCCCUCAGAGCUUUAGUGAGUACCAUGUACUCAUAAUUAUCUUAAAGCCUGUACAGUGUUAUUUAUUAUAAAGCGCUUUAUUUUGUGUUAAUAAAUAUUUAAUGAACA